AUGGAUUCGAGCAAGCAUCAACCGCUGGAGGAGACCGCGGUGCAGGCGCCCGCCGAGGCCGUCGACCAGGACGUAGUCGAUGCUUGCGAUCUAGCAGCUCUGGGCCAUGACCAAAGCCUCACUCGGAAGUUUGAUAUCUGGAGUAUCUUGGCACUAGCAUUCUGCGUGUUGGGAACAUGGUCGACAUUUGCGCAGGAUCUCGCCAGCGGCCUGACCAACGGAGGCCCCAUCAGCAUCCUCUGGGGUCUCUGCCUCGUGACCAUCUGCAACGUAUGCGUCGUCGUCUCCCUGGGAGAGCUCUGCAGCAGCAUGCCCACGGCGCUGGGACAGGCCUACUGGGUUCUUCGGCUCUGGGAUACGCCAGCAGGGAGGUUCACCUCGUACCUCUGCGCCUGGAUUAACACGUUCGGGUGGUGGACGCUCACAGCGUCGCAGACUGCGUUCAUGACCAGCUUCCUGCUCGGUAUGAAGACCAUGUUUGACCCGGAGUGGACGGGCGCCAGCAGCGGAUGGGUGCAGUUCCUGGUGUAUCUCGGCGUGAACGCCCUCUUCACUGUGUUCAAUUUGAUUGCGUGUAGAAAGGACAAGGUUCUGCCGCUGUUCAACGAUUUUGUGGGCAUCGGCUUUGUGGGCCUCUUUGUGGUGCUCAGCCUGGCUCUCCUGAUUUCCGUGGGCACCAGGCCAGGUCUCGAUUUCCAGCCUGGGCGAUUCGUGUUUGCGACUUGGAUCAACCAGACGGGUUGGAGUGAUGGGGUCACGUGGUUCACGGGCUUGCUCCAGGCUGCGUACGGCCUCACAGCCUUCGAUUCAGUCAUCCACAUGGUCGAGGAGAUCCCAGCACCACGACACAACGCGCCAAAAGCCAUGUGGCUCGCCGUCGUCACCGGCGCCAUCAGCGGAUUCAUCUUUAUGCUUGUCUGUCUGUUUUGCAUCCAGGACUUGGACGCAGUCCUCAAUUCCGACGUGCCCUUCAUGCAACUGGUCCAAGAUGCGAUUGGUCUGCAGGGGGGCGCUGUGUUGUUGGCUCUCUUCAUCUUCAACGGCCUUGGCCAAGGAAUCAGUGUCUUCACCACCGGGUCGCGCCUGACCUGGGGUUUCGCCAGAGAUGGCGGGAUACCAUUCAGCAUGUACUUCGCAAAGGUCGACCCCGUUUGGAAAGUUCCAGCGAGAGCUAUCGUGCUGCAAGGGGUCAUUGUUGCCCUUGUUGGUGUCUUAUAUCUAUUCGCAAAUACUGUGCUGGAAGCCAUCAUUAGCACGGCGACCAUCGCCCUCACGGUCUCAUACGCCCUGCCGAUCUUGACCCUCAUGAUUGCCGGGCGCGAGAGGCUCCCGCCUGGUGGCUUCCGCCUGGGAUCUCUUGGUCCCCUGAUAAACUGGACCUCAGUCAUAUACUGUGCCAUUACGACUGUGUUUUUCUUCUUCCCCGGUGAGCCGGAUCCGGCCCCCGCUGAUAUGAAUUAUGCAAUCGCGGUGUUCGCGGUUAUGCUGGUCGUCUCCAUCGGUUUCUGGUUCACCAAAGGUCGUGUUGCAUACAUGAGGACUACGGAGUCCGCCAAAGCUGUGUACGAGGCUCAAAAGCGCGAGAUGAUAGUCCAUGAGGGCGUACCGGAGGGGCACUCCAAUGGAGUUGAACCACCAACAAGUUUUGUUCAGAAAGGCAAUCGGAACGAGGGAUAA